AAGAGUUCUUCACUCUUUUAUCAUCUUCUCCUUUCUCAAUUGUCUUUCAAUUUCAAAAGAAAUCCUCUUCAAAAUUUAAUCACAAACUAAGCAUGUCUCAACGAUCACAUAUCCCGAAGUUUGGGAGUUGGGAUGCUGAUAACGUCCCCUACACGGCCUACUUUGAAAAUGCACGAAAAGAUAAAGGCACUGGUGUGAUGAUCAAUCCAAACGACCCGGAACAGAAUCCAGAAGCUUUUAUGAAAUAUGGAGAAAAUGAUGGCAUCAAUUUCGAUGAGAAAAAUAUGAACAGUGAUCAGAGUUCAAACUCAAGCAACCAACAAAGUUACAAGUCGGAUCGAAGAAAGAGUAUUAACGCAAGAGACAAGAGGAGCAAUUUUUCUCCGCCUUCACCUUCCCCCGGACCGAAUAGGCCAAGAUAUGGAUAUAAUCCGGCUGAUGAUAUUGUUUCGCAUAGAUCAGCAUCGGUGCCAAUGUUUGGGGCAUGGGACGAAAAAGACCCGAAAUCUGCCGAAGGUUUUACGGUCAUCUUUCAGAAAGUCAAAGAGGAAAAACACAUUGCAGCGACCAACUUCCCACCAAUCCCUCAACAGUCUUCAUAUAAUCUCAACAAUCCAAAAAGGGAGACAAGAAAAGCCAAGAAAUGGUGUUGCUUUUAAGAAUACACUCGAUGUGAAGGAGUUGCGGGUUGACAUCAAGAAUGUAUGGACAAUCUUAUUGUUUAGUUUACCUAUCAUGUUUUAUAGUUCCAAAAUAUUUAUAUUCGAACCAAAUUUACAAUGGAUUGUAGUAUUUUUAUUUCUAUAUUGAAAGCAAGUAUUCAUUAAAUAUACUUGAGGAAUGAUAA